AUGGAAGCCAUCGUUCUUGAUUUUGAUAAUUGGGUGGGUCAAGACAGGGGCGAUGUUCUAGUACGCGUCGCUUCACUCCACGAUCAAGUUCGAACCAAAACCAAUCCAAACCCGAAACGCAGUCGUUUCACAUUCGCCACCUAUCUGCUGUCUAUGGAGUCUUCAAGCAACCCGCCGUCGGCAAAUCCUGUGGUCGUCAUCAGCCCGCAUUUCUGUUCGCCGAACCAGGUGGAACUCGCAAUCGUCACGAAGCUGCUGAACUUAUCGGAAGGUAGCCUUGCUGUCACGGACAUGAAUGGCACCUUCAGGUUCAAAGUCAAGGGCCGUGUCAUGAGCCUCCGUGACCGCCGCAUCUUGCAGGACGCCGCUGGCAACGCCCUCGUCACCCUCCGACGCAAGAUCCGCACAGUACAUAACAAAUGGCUAGCUUUCAGGGGAGAUAGCACGGCUGCCAAAGAUCUCUUGUUCACUACAAAGCUGUCUUAUUUGCCUGAAGGGAAGAGUGAACUUAACGUGUUCUUGGCAGCCAAUACAGAUGAAGAAGUCUGUGACUUCGAGGUAAAGGGAAGCUGGAUGCGUAGAUCCUGCACUGUCCAUGCAGCCAAUUCUGAUGUUAUCCUUGCCCAAAUGCACAAGGAACUCGACAGUCUCAAAUUUCAAAGUAAUGUGCUUGGAAAAGACAUAUUUGCUGUGACUGUGAAUCCCAACGUCGACUUCUCCUUCAUAGUUGCUCUUAUUGUGAUUAUGGAUCAGACCAUCGAAUGA